AAGUGGCCAGUGCUCACACUACAAGCCUGAAUGGUGAGGAGGAGGAGGGAGCAAUUGGUGGGGAGGUGAUUCCCUACAAGAAGCUGGUGCAGAGUCUGGAGAAGGCCGUCAAUAGAUUCCAGGAUGGAUCAUGCAGCAACUGUGCCUCUCUCUCUUGGUGAGUGACCCCAUCAAGCCACCACCCAAGGAAACCCCUCCAAAGGCCACAGAGGAGGAAGGCAAUGUUGUCAUUCUGGAUGCCAAGCUGUUCUACAAGCAGCAGGAGAAGGAGGUGGCAGAGAAGAUCAAGGAGAGCCUGGCAGUGACUGAGUAUGCUAAGCCAUCCAGUGCAUUGGUGCUGAGUGGUGUGUCCAGCAGUGUGGUGCAGUACACAGUGUUUGAAAUGCAGCUGUCCUUUACUGUGCUGGAUACAGAGGGUGCACCCACCAAUGACCUGGGCCACAAGAGUGAUCCCUGGCAGGUCACGGCAAGUCUCUUGGGAGGUCCGCCAGGUGCCAUCCUCAUGGGCACCACAACAGUUCCCAACAGGAAUGGCACUGCCAUCUUCACCAACCUGUCUGUCAGCAAGCCCGGGGAAGGCUACAACCUCACUUUCACCAUCAUCUACCCCAGCUAUGCUCCAGCCCUCACCACCACCCUGGAGGAGACCUUCAGCUUGACACAGAUGAGUGCAGCAAUGGUCCUGCAGCAGCCCAGCAUAGUGCAGGCCGGACAACCCACCACCAUCACUGUUCACUUUGUUGACAAGGACUCUGGCUUGGUUUUUAAUGGCCUGGCUUUCAAGGCCAGACAUUUGUGGGCAAACUGCUGGCAAAGACUGCUGAGGGACACUUUGAGGUUAUCCAGAGGUAUGCCAAGACUGGUGGUGUAUCCCUCACAUCUGGUCAUCAAGGAGUACCCCAUGGUCAAGUCCUUGCACACCGAUCUGUUCUGAUGGAAGCAGUUGGAGGGUGUGGAGGAUGUGGUGAGAAUGACUGUCCUUAUCACCCAUCUGUUAUAUCCUUCAGUAUCUUCUUUUCUUCACCUGCACUGUGUUUUUUUCCUCAUGCAUCCUUCAGUAAUAUUGUUUUCUUCAUGCCUCCUGUGUUCUUUUUGCUUCUGUUCUAUCCUUCAUUAUACUUUUCUGUUAUAUCCUUCAGUGAUAUCCUUUUUCCUCCUGCAGUGUAUUCUUUUUCCCUCUUAUCAUAUCAUGUAUCCUUCAAUGAUAUCUUUUCUUCAUCUUUGCUGUAUUCUUUUUCCUCUACCUUAUCCUUCAUUAUCCAUUUCUUCACUCAUCCUGUAUUCCUCUUUCUUCUUCCUUUAAUGCACACUUUCCUCCACACACACAAUUUAAACCUUUCUAUCAUGCAUAGUUACCCUCAUCCCCUCCUUGCCCCACGCGCGCACGCACGCGCGCGCGCGCACGCACGCACGCACGCACGCACGCACGCACGCACGCACGCACGCACGCACGCACGCACACACACACACACACACACACACACACACACACACACACACACACACACACACACACACACACACACACCUUUUCCUUGUCUUCCUCAUUUACUUGCAUUUUUCUCAUUCUCUACCUCCUGGUCUUUUCCUUCAUCCUUCUCUCUCUCUCUCUCUCUCUCUCUCUCUCUCUCUCUCUCUCUCUCUCUCUCUCUCU